AUGGCAGCCUUAGAUUUAGCCUUGUUUCAUGUACCAAUUCAAAGAAAAGAAAGAACUUUUAGAAGCAAAGAAGAACUUACCCUAGACUACACUGAUACAGAACUUAGAGCACGCUACAGAUUUGGGAGGGAAGGCAUUUUAUUCUUAUCUGAUCUAGUAAGGGACAGGUUGACACGUCAGACAAACCGGAAUCAUGCCCUCAGUGUAGAACAACAGACAAUGGUGACAUUGCGAUUUCUUGCCAGUGGAAGUUUCCUCCAGGUCAUAGGCGACACAUUAGAUGCCCUUUGUGAAAAGAGGAACGAGUUCAUUCAGUGGCCUACUAACCUUAACCAAACCAAAGCUGAAUUUUACGAGUUUGCUGGGUUUCCAAACAUUUUGGGUGCUAUUCAUGGGAAACAUAUAAGAAUAAAGAGACCGCAUCAUGACGAACCUUCAUUUAUCAACAGAAAAGGCUACCCAAGCCUGAAUGUUCAAGCAGUAUGUGAUGCAAAGGGUAGAUUUACAAACAUAAAUGCAAAAUGGCCAGGUUGUUGUCAUGAUUCACAUGUUUUCAGAACAUCACAGAUUUGUAUGGAUCCCAAAAAGGUAACCAAAAUAGUAAUGGUUUGUGGAAUCCUACACAACAUCUGCAUACAGCUAAAUGAGCCAGAUGUAGCUGAUGAGCUUGUUAAUGAGGAUGUUGAAAAUGGAAACAACUAUAAUGGACAACAGGAAGGAAGAGGGAUUAGGGAGCACAUUGCUGACACUUAUUUUAACCGUCAUUAA